UUCCCCCUGCUGGGGCUGAAAAAAGGAGAAAAGGGGAUGUUUGUGGUUGAGCCUAAGGAAAUGCCCCAAUCAAUACAGUCUUUCUUAGAUGGUACAGGCCACAUCCCACAUUGUCAUGGAUAUGGCACCAGAUUCCUUUGAUGACCAGUACCAGGGUUGCCGUGAGCAGGUCAGGGAGGAACUGGAUCGAGGAGACUACUUUCAGAAGGAAUUGGGUAGUAACAAGAACUAUUCCAGCAUCUGGGAGAAAGCAAAGCUGGUCUGGUCAAAAAACCCAAGAGCUCUGCUAAGGGAGAUGCAGGAGAAUCACGCUGUAGCCCUCACGGCUUACACCAUGAACACCUCGCUGCACUCUGAUUUAAACUGGGCUGUGUCCAGAGCUGGGAGAUCCCCAGAGCACUACAAUCAUAGCUUCCCCUUCAAAUACCUCCACUUUUACUUGACAACAGCCGUUCAACUGGUGAGGAGAUGGAAAAGUGGCACCUCUAGAAGAAAGUGCUACCGGGUGCACCGGGGGGUAAAAGGCCUGUAUUUUGAGGCGGAGAUAGGCACUAAAGUGCGGUUUGGCCGCUUCACUUCCACUUCACUCCUCCGGAAGGAAGCCCAGAGAUUUGGGAACGAAACAAUAUUCACCCUGAUGACUUGCUCAGGGGCGCUUGUGCAAGACUUCUCCCACUACUUCUCUGAGAGGGAGGUCCUCAUCCCACCCUAUGAGAUAUUCCAGGUCAGAAACUUCAGCCAAACACCAAGUGGUAACCAGCUCUAUCUGCGAUCUGUGGGAAAUUACAGCCAGUACAAUUGCCAGCUCCUGAAAGCUUCAAGCAGCAAGAACUACAUCCACAAUCCUCCUAUUGCUGCCUUUCUUUCUUGUGUGAUCUGUGCUUUCUUCUACUCUACC